UAAGUCACACAGAUGCAGGACAGUCCAGAGAGAACACAUAGAUACAGAAGUAUAUUAGAGUUGAGAUAAGUAGAAGUUACUGUAUUGGACCACAAGUGUGUUAAGAUGUCAGAGGGAGUCUAUGAAAUCUCAAAUGGAUUUGAAGACGAUGAACCCCAUGCAAUGCAGAACACAGACAUUGAUGACCAAUUAUAUGCCAACGUAGGAGACUUCAAGCCCAGUCCAAGAAAUGGAGUUGUUGCUUCAGUUCAUGUUCAGUGGUGGAAGAGAAUCUCUGGAGUUGCUGCAGUGUGUCUGGGGCUGCUGUGUGUUCUCCUACUGGCUGGGAUCAUAGGCCUGUCUGUCUACUAUGGAGUCAUUGGUCACCAGCUACAGUCCAGUUACAACAACCUGACAAAAGAGAGAGACCAGCUACAGUCCAGUUACAACAACCUGACUAAAGAGAGAGACCAGCUACAGACUGAGAGAGAUUUUAAUGGGAGGCUUACCAAUCUCAAACAAAACUGUCCUGCUGGCUGGCAGAAGUUUGAAUCCAGUUGGUACUUCCUGUCUACUGAGACUAAAACCUGGAAGGAGAGCAGAGAUGACUGUCUGGAGAGAGGAGCAGACCUGGUGAUCAUAAACAGUGAUAAGGAACAGCAAUUUGUCUUCAACCUCAAGAGGAGAGUCUGGAUUGGUCUAACUGAUUCUGUUAAUGAGGGGACCUGGAAAUGGGUGGACGGCACCCCACUGACCACAAGGUACUGGUCUCCACUUCAGCCUGAUAAUGGUGAUGGCAAACCAGAAUAUGGUGAGGAGGACUGUGUUCAGAUACGUAAUAAUCAGAGUCCUCUGGAGGCGUGGAAUGACGUGUCAUGUCGCAGCAAACUCAACUGGGUUUGUGAGAAAGUGUUUUACCAUCACCAUGACAACAUACUGUAACACAUACAGUAGCCUACAGUGCACACAACUUCCUCCUUCAUUCUCUCUCAUUCUCUCUGUCUGUCUCUCUCUCUCUCUCUCUCUCUCUCUCUCACAGACACACACACACCAUCACACACCCUCAUUCACACAUGCACUCGAACACAUGCAUGCACGUACACAAACGCACACACACACCUAUUGUUGUAUUUGUUUGUGGUAUCAUUUUAAUAAAAAUCCUUCUAAUUU